AUGGCCGACAAACUCCGCGAUCGGCAGAACCUCGAGGCCCUGCAAGCCCGCUACAUCGGCACGGGCAGUGCGGAUACGGCGGCUGCUGAGUGGCACGCCAACAUCGCUCGCGAUACGCUGGCGUCCUUCGUGGGGCAUCCGCCCCUCCUCACGUACGCGGCGAUCGGGCUGGGGCAGUCACGCGAGCAGACGCGGCUGCAGAUGCUCGAGAAGAUGGUGUGGGGCGCUGGGCUGCCGCCGGCGAAGAGGGAGAGCAAGAAGAAGGCGGAGGUUAAGGAGGAAGUCAAGAUCAAGACAGAGGAGGAGGAGGAGGUCUGGCCUUCUCCUCCCCGACCGCCGAAGAAGGAGAGCAAGAAGAAGGCGGAGGUUAAGGACGAAGUCAAGAUCAAGACAGAGGAGGAGGUUCAGUACGACUGGCCUCGUCCUCCCCGACCGCCGAAGGAUGCGCCCAAGGCGGACAAAUACGGCUUCGGGCCGGACGGGCAGCGCGCCCGUUUCUGA